AUGUCGAGGCCUUCGACUGGUUUUCUUCGUGCGUCGCAGGGCCUUCGUGAACGAAAGGGCCAUGGCCAUGAGGCACGGCUCUUCGCGCUGCUGAAGUGCUUGCCCAGCGCCAAGCGACAAGCGAUGCUCGCGGAGCGCUUCUCUCAGAGCCAACGGCUGGCAUUAGAGAGGUGGAUGAUGGCCGAAAAGGCUUCGCCGAGCUGCAGAAAGUCGGCUUGGAAGGGUGGAUGUCGGCGAAAGGGCAGGCCGCCGCGCUCGGGCGUGCCGGGUCUCCACAUCCACCGGCGGGUCCGAAAGACCUUUUACCGCGCCAGCGUUGUGGCCGGUCCCUUCCGGUUGAGUAGUGGACUCACUACAAAGCUGGAGAAAGCACAAGACUUCCUCCAGGUGCUUCAUCGCAUCAAAGCCCGCGUGACCCGAACGACCAAGGCGGGCUUCCCCUCCUCCGAUGAGUUGGAUGCUUUGGAGGCCUCCUUCAAGAGUGCCGUAGAAGAAGAGAUGGCCUCCAUGGGAGCUUUGAGGAGUGAAAUGCAGCUGAACUUCUACGCGAAGGUGCCAGCCAGCUAUUGGAUCGGCCAGGCACUGAGCACUCCACAUUUUCGGGCCUUAGGUGGCUUAGAAGAAGGGCUUUCGGCUUGGCGGUCCCUAACCCAAGCACGCGCUGCUGUGUUCCAGGGCCGCACGAAUCGCUACACCAUCCUUCGGCAGCAUCAACCCAGUGACAUGGAGGCAGCUUGGAGACAACUGCGGCAGAGACAUUUGGAUGUGUGGUCUGCCGCUGGACGUUGCCGCAAGCAGGCAGCUGCACGUUUGGCUGCCUUGGAGGCCAAACAUCACCCCUAUCGUCAGCGCAUGCUGCAGCGUUGGACCGCCAGGCAGGAUGAAGCGGGGCUCCAGCAUGCGAUCGAGGAGAUCUUACAAGGUUGGUCUCCUGAGAAGCAGUUGGUGACCCGGGUCGCGCGUAGCUCCGGCCGCUCGUCGACGGUGGAGAAGUCCAGAGAGAAGACUGGGCUCACGCGGUUGAGGCGAGACAGGUGCGUGACCGAACGGGCUUUGGUGACCAGCAAGAGCAGGUUGAUCUUCCUUGGGAUCAUUCAAGUGGUGGCUGAAGUUGGCGGACAGACCUUCAGGGUUCUCCAAGUUCGGCACUUUCAGGAGAGGUUCAUGGCUCAUGAGAAAGGCUUAAUCAGGCAGGCAUACAUUACACAAGGCAUACGCAAGCCGGCUUACCUGGGCGAGGAUCGAUCUGAACUGUAUCUUCCUCCAACGGAGCUCUUGCACCUGUUGAAGGACACGGUGCUGUGUCCGGCCUUCUCCAUCGAGUUGAUCCAACGGUACCAAGACUUCCUCUUUUGUGACCAAAGAGCCUUCAACGGCUGCCGUGAGCGACGACAGUUCUUCCGGAACCAGGCACUCUACCUCUACACUGAGCAAGCGGUUCUGGUCCGGCAAUGUUUGGAGCUCCUUUGCAGUGUGGAAGAGGAUGCCCUUGAGCUGGGCCUCCCAGAGGAGUCUGCGGAGAAGCAGGCGCCGGCGCCGGUGUCCUCCGUGCCUCGGGACCUCUUAGAGUUCGAGGCCGUGUUCCACUCGCUGCCAGGAGACACCAAGGACCAGACCGAUGAGGCCAAGCCCUCCGCCUUUGGCCAUCAACAAGGCCCACUGGCUGACUUCCUCGUGGAUGCCUCUCAGGCGAGGAUCCUGGGGGCUGCUGGUCAGCACGAGGUCUUGGUGCUCCAUCGUGUGGAGGAUCUUGGAAGGAUUCACCAGAGCUGGAUGCUGGGUGUCUCGGAGAAGGUGGUGGCGCCCGAACGAUCCGAUGUGUGGCUGCUUUCGGCGAGGCUCUACCCCUUAGCCGAUGUAGACCCUGCGAACUUCACGAAGGGUAUGGUUUUCAAGGUGGUGCCGGUGGAAGUCCUUCCAGUGGUGCUGGACCGCCAGAUCAAGGCCAUCCUCGCACUCUGUCAGCGGGAGGAGAAGGUCACACCAUUCUUGGAGUCCUUGAUCUUUGGGCCGAGCGUGGAACAGGCUCCCAGGGCAGUCGACACCGGAGCAGCGGAGUUGGGCAUGGAGCACUUCAACGAGCAGCAGAAAGCCGCUGUGGCCCAUGCUUGCUGCCAGCAGCUCACUCUGGUGCAGGGGCCACCGGGCACCGGGAAGAGUGAUGUGGCGGUCUCCAUUGUGGAAGAGUGGCGAAAGUCGGUCACGGAUUCGAGGUCCAUCUUGGUGGCGACGGGAACGCAUGCCGCGAAGGACGUGCUGCAACGUCGCUUCAAAGCCAAAGGGAUCCUGCCAUCUCGGAGACACCGGAGCGCAGAUCGCCCACGCGAAGCUGCUUCCGAGGAUCCUGACGUCUUCGUGGAGACCGUCUAUAUGGCCUCCGAGCCGGACGAGAGGACAGAUGCUCGAGUUCUCCUCGAUGAGAGCUCUCAGAUGACCAUCGCAGCUGCACUGGUGGCGCUCACCCGCGGCUGCGAGCAGCUGGUACUGAUUGGAGAUCCCAAGCAGCUUGGGCCAGUUUCAAGCUUUGGAAGCCAUUCGAAGUGUCCGCCUGAGGAGCUGCAAUGCUUGCUGCCCUUUGCCAGGGAACGACGAAGCAUCUUCGAGGCCCUUCAGGAGAGGCAAGAAGAGCAGCAUAUGCUUCAGGUGCAGUAUCGAAUGGAUCCCUUGCUUUGCCAGUAUCCUUCGCAGCGAUUCUACGACGGGAACUUGUUGACCGCCGACACGGUGGAAAGCCGAAGUUUUCCCGGACAGCUGCCCGAGGGAUUCAUCCUCAAGGAAGGGCCUCCAGAGCAUCCGGUGAUCUUUGUGGACACCUCGGGCCAGAACUUCCAUGAAGAGAUUGUCCGUCGCGCGGGGAGCUUGUCGUUGCAGAACCCCUUGGAAGCUCAGAUUGUCGCCGCUCUCCUGCAAAGCCUGGAGGUGCAGCCGACCUCCGCCGUGAGUGUGAUCUCCGCCUAUGGUGCUCAGAUCAACCUUUUGGCAGAGGUGCUGCAUGGGAAGAAAGUACUGGAGCUGGAACAGCAGCGUCGGCGGAGGUCCAUGAUGAUCAGGCAGCAUGGGCUGGACCCCUUGGAGGAUGAGCCGUAUCCACGUUCCUUCACCGUGGAUGGCUUCCAGGGCAACGAGAAUGACUACAUCAUCUUCAGUGCGGUGCGGAGCAAUCCCACAGGCCUCACGGGCUUUCUGGGACAGCGCCAGCGCUUGAACGUGCUCCUCACACGUGCGCGCUAUGGCCUCAUUGUGGUGGGCGAUGCCAGCACUCUGCAGUCUGAUGAGGAGUGGGGCUUGUGGCUUCAAUCCGAAAAGCGGGUGGUCACGCUCACAGAUGAGGCUGCCGAGUUUCUAAGGUGUCGAUUCAAACAACAUGAAAUUGAAUCGAUAAAUAAAUAG